UUGAGUCGGAGGCAUUCCGCACCAACAUGGCAACCCGCGCUGACGCAGCGGCGCCGGUCACGUGGGGCUGCUUUCGUAACCCACCACCGCUAUGUAACUGUAAUUUCUCCAACUAGUUUCCUUAACGUGAAGGAGACUCUUUUCACCGAAACCCGAAGAGGAACCAGGACAAGACAAUCUCAUAUGGAUACAGUGAUCCGCAGGUGCCCUUUUUUGAGCGUUGCACCCAGUGUUUUCCUCCACCUGCCGGGGAGGUCAACUCUGGCAAAAUAUGCCUCAAGAUGCCCUGUGAUGAUGGACCUGGCCUCCACACCACUGGCCAGAGUCCUGUCUACCUCGGCUUUUGUGUCCAAGGACACUCAAACGAAAGAUGAUCAAAAGCAAAAAGUCAAAUGUACCCCAGGUCACACCACGCCACCCUCUGAUCAGGCUGUUGGCUCCAAAUGCCCUUUCCUGGCAGCAGAGAUGGUGCAAAAAACCAACAGCGUGGUAAAGGAGGCUAUGAUGGAGCUGCAAGAGGAUGUCCAGGAGAUGCAUUCUUACCGCACAGGGGCUUCCAAAAAUCUCCUCAAGCCCACAUCCUCUGACGCGUCUCAGCUGCUGAAGGCCAGCCUCCCAAAAGCUGCCACAUUUCAGUAUGACAGAUUUUUCGAACAGAAGAUUGAGAGCAAGAAAACGGAUCACACAUACAGGGUUUUCAAGACGGUGAACCGGCGUGCCGCUUCCUUUCCCAUGGCAGACAACUACUCGGAGUCUCUCCAAGUGAAGAGGGAGGUGUCGGUGUGGUGCAGCAAUGAUUACCUGGGCAUGAGCCGCCACCCCAGAGUCACCCAGGCCAUCCUUGAUACUGUGCGAAAGCAUGGUGCUGGUGCAGGAGGAACACGCAACAUUUCAGGGACAAGCAAAUUCCAUGUGGACCUUGAAUAUGAGCUGGCUGAUCUGCAUGACAAAGAAGCUGCACUGUUGUUCACUUCCUGCUUUGUUGCCAAUGAUUCCACUUUAUUUACACUGGCUAAGAUGCUUCCAGGUUGUGAAAUCUACUCUGACGCUGGGAACCAUGCCUCAAUGAUUCAGGGAAUACGGAACAGCGGAGUCAAGAAGUUUGUUUUCCGUCACAAUGACGUCAGCCACCUCAGAGAGCUGCUUGAGAAGUCAGACCCAUCCACUCCAAAGAUCGUGGCAUUUGAGACGGUACAUUCGAUGGACGGGGCCGUGUGCCCGCUUGAAGAGAUGUGUGAUGUAGCCCACAAGUAUGGCGCCAUCACGUUUGUGGACGAAGUGCAUGCUGUGGGUCUGUAUGGCCCCAGAGGAGGAGGCAUUGGAGACAGAGACAGAGUCAUGAACAAAAUGGAUAUCAUAUCUGGCACCCUCGGGAAGGCCUUUGGCUGUGUGGGCGGCUACAUCGCCAGCACCAGCGCCCUGGUGGACACGGUGCGCUCCUAUGCUGCUGGCUUCAUCUUCACCACUUCAUUGCCCCCCAUGCUGCUGGCAGGGGCCAAGGAAUCCAUUAAGAUCCUGAAGGGCGAGGAGGGCCAGAUGCUCAGGAGGAAACAUCAGAGGAGUGUCAAACUGCUUCGGCAGUUGCUGAUGGACGCCGGGCUUCCUGUGGUCCACUGCCCGAGCCACAUCAUCCCUGUCCGAGUGGCGGAUGCUCUAAAGAACAAUGAGAUUUGUGACAUCAUGAUGUCUCGAUACAACAUCUACGUCCAGGCCAUCAACUACCCCACGGUAGCUAAAGGAGAGGAGCUGCUGCGUGUGGCGCCGUCACCUCACCACACUCCCCAGAUGAUGUACUACUUUGUGGAUCGGCUGAUGAAGACGUGGAAGGAGGUCGGAUUGGAGCUGAAGCCACACUCCUCAGCAGAGUGUAACUUCUGCCAGCAACCCCUUCACUUUGAGCUGAUGAGCGAGAGAGAGAGGUCCUACUUCAAAGGCCUCAGUCACACGAUCUCUGCAGUGGCCUAA